UAAUGUACUUAAGUACUGUAGUUCUGGAGACAGUCUGCUCUUGAUUCUGUGUUACAGGGACCACAGACAUUACUGUGAGGUUUCUAAGGUGCCCUCAGAACCUUGAUUCGAAAUAAAGAGUUUGAUGAAUCUCUAGUAUCAUAUCAUUGUGUGUAGGAACAGUGUGUCUAAGGGGUACUUGGGUGGCUUAGUUGGAAGCUCAUGGGACUCUUGAUCUUGGGGUCAUGAGUUUAAGCCCCAUGUGGGAUGUAGAAUUUGUUCAAAUAAGUAAAACUUAAAAAAAAUCUAUAAACAUUCUGUGUGAUCACAGGUGCUGGUUUAGAAUUGUUUUCUCUAACUCCAGGUAUUUGAAGUGUUUAAUAGAUAUAAGAAGUGUCUGUGAAUUAAACAUGGAGAGGCUUUUCCCAGUUAACAGGGAAGCAGCACGUAAGAAAAAUAGAACUUAGUAAGUUUCUUGCAAGAUUCUUAGCCUCCAAUGUAUCUUAUGAUAUUUCUGCUCUAUUAAAUAUUAUAAAAACCAAUCCAAGAUUAUUUCACUUACAAGUCACACAAGGUAUUUGCCUGACAUUCCAUUAUGCAUGUGUCCUGUCUUUCUUUUCUUUUUCUUUUUCCUUAAAUAGGCUUCAUGCCCAGCACAGACCUCAACACAAGCUUGAACUCAGGACCAGAGAUCAAGACCUGAGUUGAGAUCAAGUUUUGGACCCUUAACUUACUGACCCAGGCACCCCUUGUAUUUCAGUAUCUUUCACAAAUCAUGCUUAACUUUUACUAAUUUUAUUUAACUGAGGUUUUAACAAAUUGAUACCUAUAGAUUGUGAAAAUAGUAGUAAUUUUGUUCCCAGUAUACAUUGUUUAAGCAGGAACUAAUGUUUUCUGUCUUGAGUUCCAAGGUCUUAGGAAUAGUACUUUUGUUUCUGGAAAAAAACAAUGAUUCCUUCUGUUGCCUUCCUAAUAUGGAGCCCUUCUUGCAUUCAUUAAAACCAGGUUUCCAUGAGGCAGGAACCUGCAGCUUUGUUGGACAGCAAUCAGUGCAUCUACAGUUUUCUGAGAUAUCUAGGGUGGUAUUCACGGUUUAUAGUUGCUUAUAGAAAGGGUGUUCAUAAAUAAUGGAACAUUUUCAUUAGCAAAAAUUGCAUGUAAAUACCGCCAUCCAUCUUGAAAUGGCAAAGUGUAAACAUAAAGCUAAAUAUAGAUCUGGUUUAUUUACAGAACACAGCUAAGCAGUGUUUUUGUAUAUCAUUAAUUGAAUGCACUAACUUUCUGCACAGCGCAGCCAGGUUCUCAUCACCUGUCUGCCCCUAAUUAAUGAGUGAAUGUAGACAAGCACUUAACCUCUCUGUUCUUCUGUGGCCCUUAUGUUUCUAAGGAAGGCAGCAGUGCCUGCCUCAUGUAUUUAAUGAGAAAUAAGUUAUUUCAUGGGUGGUAGUUAUACUGUUGUUUCACACAUAGCAAGUGUUGUGUAAUGGUUGUUCAUGCAACUCUUGGAAGGCCUCAAAUGACUGAAGAACUUUAAGUAAUUAUUUGAAAGUAAGAAGUGUUGGUGAGUGGAGAAUAUCAGAUUUCAGUUGACAUGAUUUGUCUGGCCUCUGCCUCCUAUUCCCACGCAGGAUCCUCUAGCCCAGAAGACAAGUAUCAGUCACUGAGGACAGACAGGAUGGCCACCAGGGAUCUGGCAAUAAGAGUGAUCUUCUUAAUCCAGACUGUGGUUGGAAUCCUGGGGAACUUGUCUCUUCUUUACCAUUAUGUCCUUUUUUCUUUCACUGGGUGUAGGCCAAGGCCCACAGAUUUGAUUGUCAAGAACCUGAUUGUAGCCAACAUUUUGGUCCUGGUCUCUUUUGGAAUACACCAUACCCUGUCAACUUUUGGGUGGUAUAACAUGUUCAGUGAUUUUGGAUGUAAAUUCUUCCCCUAUGUUCGCGGCGUGAGCAGGGGCGUGUCCAUUGGCAUGACCUGCCUCUUGAGUGUCUUCCAGGCCAUCAUGAUCAGCCCCCAGAACUCCAGAUGGACAGCGCUUAAAGAGAAAGCUCUCAAGUGCCUUGUCCCUUCACUUGUCCUAUGCUGGGUCUUGCAGAUAUUGAUAAAUAUCAUGUAUCCUGUGGUUAUGGGUAGCACUUUGAACAAGAAUAACAUCACAAACAGAAAAAGUUUCGGGUACUGUUCAGCUGUUCGUUAUGAGAAAACCAGAAAUUCAUUGAAUACAAUGUUGUUAACAUUACCUGAUGUGUUGUAUGUGGGGCUCAUGCUCUGGGCCAGCGUUUCUAUGGUUUUCCUUCUGUACCAGCACAAGCAGAGGGUCCAACACAUUCAUCGGACCAGCGUCUCCUCCACAUCAUCCCCUGAGUCCACAGCCACCAAAACCAUUUUCCUCCUGGUGUGUACCUUUGUCUACUUUAAUACCCUUUCGUCGGUCUUUCAAAUCGUUUUGUCUGUUUUUGACCGUCCCACCUGGUACCUCGUGAACACCAGUUCAGUGAUCACUCUGUGUUUCCCAGCUGUCAGUCCCUUUCUGCUCAUGAGCCGAGACCCCAGGGUAUCCAUGGUCUGCUUUCCCUGUAUAAGGAAUAUAAAAUGCCCUCAUUUUAUGAGAAUUGUGUAA